AUGGGUUUCUUCAAUCAUUGGAGAACUCGUCGCCAGGAGUCCACUCCCGACCGCGAUGUCGAACCCGUUCCCACAGGCGUGCUCCCCAAGGGAGUCAGCUCAUCCGCGUCAGAUGGCGACGGUGAACCCGUUCGACCUCACACGGAUGCCGUUGACGACGAACGUGUCCGAUUCCUCGACACUUUCACCCCCGAGGAGGAAAAGAGGGUCAUGCGCAAGGUGGAUUGUCGUCUUCUGGUGACCAUAGGAGUCAUCUAUCUCGUCAAGCAGAUCGACGUCAACAAUGCUUCGAACGUCAAGGUCCUCGCGGUCGGAAAACCUACCAACAUUCUCAAACAACUCCAUAUGACCGCUGACGAGUAUAACUGGGUUCAAUCUAUCUACUACAUAAGCUAUAUCAUCUUCGAACUGCCCAGCAAUCUCUUCCUGAAAAAGAUGACCCCACGAGUCUUUCAGACCAGGAUCUGUGUUGCAUGGGGACUCGUCUUGGCUUGCCAUGCCGCGAUUAAAAACAAACAAGGCAUCUACGCCGCACGUUUCUUUCUCGGUCUUGCAGAGGCUGGGCUGUUUCCUUCCAUCAUCACCCAGCUGUGCAACUGGUACCGGAGUGAUGAAAUGGGGAAGCCUGUCAUGUGGCUGUUUGGCAUCUUCAAUCUUGCGGGUAUUAUAGGAUCUUUGAUCGUCUACGGUAUCUCUUACCUCGAUGGGAAGCAAGGAUUGAGUUCGUGGCAGUGGGUCUUCUUGCUCGAAGGCGUGGCGACUAUAGCGUUUGGUGGGCUCAUUUGGGUGGUAUACCCAGACUAUCCAAAGUCUCCCAGAAGUGGGAAGUGGCUCACACCACGAGAGCAGCAGUUUCUCGAGAUGAGAUUGACAGAGAAUGCGCCUCGGACCCAGGAUGCCGCGUUUUCUUGGAAAGAGGUGGUCAACACGGUCAAAGAUCCUAGGAUAUGGUCCUUUAUGCUGGCCCAGAUCCUCAUGAACACGGGCGGAUUCGGCCUCAGCUGGUUCCUUCCGACCAUCACCACCAACCUGGGAUUUGCAGGCCUUCCUCGCAACCAACUGCUCAACAUUCCCCCGGCAGCCGCCGGUAUUAUUGCCAUUAUCGUGGUGGCCUGGAUUCUCAAGAAAGCCUACCUACCUCGUCCUCUCCUCGCCAUUAUCAUCGUGCUCUGCGAAGUUGCCACAUUCGCUAUCUUCUUGGGCACCCGCCAUCGUGGGGCCAUCUACACCGCCUGUAUCCUGGGCAGCAUGUUCUCAGCAUGUCUCGCCAUCCCCUUCUGGUCAUGGAGGACUUCAUCCCUCGCCGGUACUACAGGAACCGCUUUUGCCCUCGGGCUUCAGUCGGGUCUUGGUCAACUGGGUGGUGUGAUUGGUCCCCAGAUCUUCCGGCAGAAGUACGCGGCCGAUGGUUACCGGGUUUCGUAUGGGGUGUGCACUGGGGCAUUAGCCGGCUGUUUUCUGGCCAACUGCUUGUCCUGGUACCUAACUCGUAACCUGGAAUGGGACGUGCGCCGCGUCAGACGUCAGAGGAUACGAGCAGAGAAGGAGGGCCGACUGUUCACCGAAGACGAGGUCAAAUUUUACCACGAGCGAAAGCAUUUCACCAAGACUUUGAAAAAGAAAGAGGUUGGAGAUAUUAUCUAG